CGGUGAUUGCUUAAAAUCGUUCUAGCUAAACCGAUUUGAUAUAAACAACACAGACUUAGCAGAGUUGUUUCUCCGGCGGCAAGUAAUCGUCACCAAUGUCAAACAUCGUGGUUCUAGACAACGGCGGCGGUCUAAUCAAAGCCGGACAAGGUGGCGAGCGUGAUCCCACCACCGUAAUCCCGAACUGUCUCUACAAACCUCUCUCCUCCAAGAAAUUCCUCCACCCAUCACCACUCACCACUCUCUCCGACGAAAUCGACCUCACCUCCGCCGCCGUACGCCGCCCAAUCGACCGUGGCUACCUCAUAAACUCCGACCUACAACGCGAAAUAUGGUCACACCUAUUCACUUCUCUCCUCCACAUCACUCCUUCCUCCUCCUCUCUCCUCCUCACCGAAGCACCACUCUCAAUCCCUUCCGUUCAACGAACCACCGACGAGCUCGUCUUCGAAGAUUUCGGAUUCUCUUCUCUCUAUGUAGCUCAUCCUCAAUCUCUUGUUCAUCUCUAUGAAGCUAGUCGUCAGCCUGAUUCAAUCCUCUCAAAGACUCAGUGUAGUCUCGUUGUUGAUUGUGGUUUCUCCUUCACUCACGCUGUUCCUGUUCUUCACAAUUUCACUCUUAAUCACGCCAUUAAGAGGAUUGAUUUAGGAGGAAAAGCUUUUACUAAUUACUUGAAGGAAUUGGUGUCUUAUAGAUCUAUCAAUGUUAUGGAUGAAACGUUUUUAGUUGAUGAUGCUAAGGAGAAGCUUUGUUUUGUUUCACUUGAUCUUCUUCGCGAUCUCCGCCUUGCUCGAAAUGGAAACAAUCUUAUCAAGUCUACUUAUGUUCUUCCUGAUGGUGUUACACAUACCAAAGGUUAUGUUAAAGACCCUCAAGCUGCUAAGAGGUUUCUUAGUUUGUCAGAGAAAGAGCAUGUGGUGAUGGAUAAGGUUGGGGAGAGGAGGAAGGCUGACAUGAACAAAAACGAGAUCGACUUAACGAAUGAGCGUUUUCUUGUACCUGAGACGUUAUUCCAGCCUGCAGAUUUAGGGAUGAAUCAGGCGGGACUUGCAGAAUGCAUUGUCCGAGCUAUAAACUCAUGCCAUUCUUGCUUGCAACCAGUUUUGUAUCAAAGCAUCAUCUUAACUGGUGGAAGCACAUUAUUUCGACAACUUAAGGAGAGACUAGAAGGAGAGCUGCGACCACUUGUCCCCGAUCACUUUGAUGUGAAGAUAACAACUCAGGAGGACCCCAUACUAGGUGUAUGGAGAGGUGGUUCACUUUUGGCUUCGAGCCCAGAUUUUGAGUCAAUGUGUGUCACCAAGGCUGAGUACGAAGAGCUUGGAUCAGCUCGGUGUCGUAGAAGAUUCUUUCAUUGAGGCUAACCAAAACAAUAUCAAAUGAGUUGGUUGUAAGUUGUAACUCUUCACAUUAUGUGUCGCAUAUCGUAAUGCAUGCAUGUAUUGUAUUUU